AUGCCUCCGCGCAGCUUCAUGCUCGCAACCGAGAUCCACGAAGUGGACCUCAUUCAAACCAAAGUCGAGCUCGACAUGGAGCUGCACGGGGGCCCGGCCCAACAAGCAGACGAAUGGAGGGCGCUGCUUGCGCUCCACCUGUUCUGCAGAGCGGUUCGGGGCGUCCUGCGCGGUCUAUACCGCCAGGCCCUCGCGGAUGAGUUGACUAGAACGAGAGGAUUGCUGCGUAGUGGGGAGGAGAGGAGAAAGAGGAAGAGAAGGAGGAAGAAGCAGAACGGAGAACAAGAGGGAAAGGGCCGUCGCCUCGAGAAGACAUUUUCAGUUUGA